CAUUGCUGAAACAAGCCUUCCAGCGCCGUGCGUAGUUUGGGAUCCGGCAAUCCAUCCAAAGCAAUGCUUUCUCCUUCUAGAAUCAUGUUGCAGAGGCCACCCAGCUCUCCGGGUAACGUCGAAGGCGGUUUGCUGUCGUUGUCCUCUUUGUUGUUGUUUUGUGACGAUUGGAAGGACUGCAACAUUUUCAUAGUGUCUUGUUUGAUGUGGAUCAGAUCGGAUUCCUGAUCUUGUUGUUGGGUCUUGGCCGGUGGCUUCUUUUCUUCUUGUGAAUCAGCGUCUAGUUCUUUUUGUUUUUGUUGUUUUGGCGGUUGCUGUUUCUGUUGGUGAUGUUUCUCAAUGGCUUCCAUAGUGAACCCAAUUUCAUUGAGCAAUGUUCGAACAAUUCGAAGCAAGAGUCGUUCAUCCUUACUCUUGGCACCGGGUGGCCAUUUCCACAUUCGAGUGUCUUCUUCUUGCGUGACUCCAAACGGUUCGAGUGCUUUCAAGACGAGUUGAAUUCCGGCGGCGGCACUUUGAUCUGGCAUUUGUCUCAAAUCCAACGAGGUUCCUCCUCCCAAUUUGAUCAACACCAGUGGCAGCGUAUCCACUGCCAUGGCAGGAGUCGGGUGAUCCGUCAAGAGUUGAUGUAGGGCAUCUGCCAAGACGUAGUUGCGCGCCAAUUUUUCGUUGUUGUCAUUUCCAGUUGCUGAUUGUGGUUGUUGUCGACUCUCCUCCUCACUACCACUGUCCCCUCGCUUGUGUUUCUUUUUCUUGCGAUCUUUCUUGUCAUGCUUUUUCUUGUGUUUUUUCUCGUGUUUCUUUCGUUUCUUCUUGCUAUCUUUUCGAGACGAUGAUGAAUCGUCGUCACUGGAAGGUUUUCGUUGUUUAGAUUUCUUGCGCUCUCGACGUUUCUUCUUGGAGCGACUGUCGUCCUCAUCGUCAUCGUCACCGUCUCGUCGGCUGCGCUUUCGAGAAUCCUUUCGUUUCGACUUGUGCCGUCGCCUGUCAUCCUCUCGACUACUGGUAGACUUGUCGUCGUCGUCAUCGUCAUCCUUGGACCGUCGUCGAUCUCCUCGUCCCAUCUUUGGUGGCUUGUGUCGGCUGUCUCUAUAUUUUCAGGUUGGAAGGUCGAUGGAGAUUGGGAGUUGUGUCGCAUGUCACAAGUGUUUUGAGUUUGUUGAGGGGUUGCUGGGAGCCCAGGAAUGAGCGAAACGCCUGAUUCAGUCACGCACAUGACGUCCAACUCUGGAGGAAAGAUCCAGGAUCCAGAUCGCCACGACACGACUGACACCAAACAGCUCUCACACAAUCUUCUUCACGGCGGCCGUGGCCAUCACAAAGUAAUACGAAGCAAGCAAUCACUAAGGAAAAUGAACAGCCCGGAAGAAACCAACAACAAUGGCGAGUAUAUCCUGAGCCGCUUCAAGGCAAUCCUCCAGGAAUGUCUGGCGGCAUCAGCUGAUUGCGAGAAUUGCAAGGAAGAAUCCUUGGACGAAUGGGCCAAGCUCAUCUAUCAGUCCAUGACCACAAAGGCCAGAGUGUACCAUGAUGUAGAGCAUGUCUUGGAAGUAUUGCAAUACUAUCAACAGGAAUGCUCGGUACACCAAGAAACGCCAGAUCCAAUCUCCAAGUUGGCCAUUCUCUUUCAUGAUGUCAUUUACAUCUCUCUCGACAAACAACUCUCGCCCCCACAAACCGCACUAUUGCAAGACAUUGUACGACAAGACACCACUACAAGAAAUGACAACGUUCCUCUCAUCACGUUGCUGCCCCCUCCAACGCCUCGCAUUGCCAUGGUCUACGCGAUCUUUGACAUUGCAGCACCUUCCCAGCGGUCCAUAACAGCGCCAGGCACCAACGAACUUCUUUCCGCCUUGGUUGCCGUACAAACGCUACAAAGUGUCUUGACACCUCCACAAUUGCUGCAGAUGGUCGUGGCCAUUGAAGCCACCAUUCCCUUUCGACCACCCGCGGCUAUCGAUGCAUUGUUCCAACGAACUCGGCAACAAUCCUCUGCAGAAGGCAGUACCAACCCCGAUGCCGCCGCCAGAACGGCACUCCACCAAGCCAUGCGUGUGGCAUACAGUGACUUGGGGGUCUUCGCCAACGAGGAUAUCACUGCAUUUAUCGAUUCUAACUGGCGGCUCUUGCCGGAGUGGUUUCCCAUAUUACAAAGCCAAAAUAGUGCCACAGUGGCAGACUUGUCAGCAGCACUGGCAUCGGUACGACAACGACCCAUGGAUACCACGGUGAUCUUUCCAUCCUUCGAUGAGCAAACAGUAGAGGGAAAACAACGGCAAGCAACUGUCAAUCUACAAGUGCUACGAGAUUACAUGUCCGUUCGAGAAUUGACAAUCCACAUGAUACUGGACCUUCUCGCCGAACAACUCAACAACAAGAACCAAGACAAUCAUGCAAGUGGAUCACAAGAGACGAUUCCGAUUGGAAAGUGGAAUGACAUGAUGGCACGAAUCGUUCCAGCGCUGCCAAACUACGCGGAUGAUGAUGCCACCAAAAGCCCAGAUGAUAAUGACGUCCAUGCGCAACUUUUGCUCAGGGUACUCGGAAACGGGCGGCGCGUUGCCUAUCCAUGGGACGCCAAAGCAUCUCCACUCGGUGCGGCGCUCUUUCAGGAAUUGGACUUGUCCUCGUUCAAGGUGUCGCAAUUACUCGAAGAGCGACGGUCCAAGAAAGACAACAAUUGUACUGCUGGCUGGCUGGACUUGCUGCCGGGCAAACUUAUGGAAAUCACGAGGAGUGCGAUAGUAUAG